AUGGCGGUGCCCUCUCCUCGUGUGGAAGGUCCCCAGGACUCCUUCGCCAGCACGGCCAAUACCAUCUUUGCGUCGAACCCGCGGAUCCUGGAGGAGCAGAAGCAGCAAUGGCGGGAGGAGAAGGGCCUCUCCGGCCUUUGGGAUCCCAACAAGGAUCCCCGAAGAGCACCUUCUCCACGGAGCCCGGAGGAACGGGCGGGCAGGCCGGUGGCGGCCCCUCUGCGACGGAGAGGGGUUCCGCAGAGCUGGGUCGAUGAAGAAAUGGGUGAACAGGACCAGCCUCUACUGCGACAGGUGCCGUCCACUGAGGCACCCAGGGACGACUUUCAUCGAUGUCGCUGGAGGUGCAUUUGGCAACCGGAACGGGCCGUUGAGACGCUGGGAGCAGUAGCUCAACUUCAGCUGUCGAUUGUGAGAGGCAAAGACCUCGCUUGCCAUGAGCUCUCGUCUCUCUUCCAGCCCACCUGCAAUGCAGCGGCGAAGGUCUACCUGGACGACACACUGGUGUGUCAGUCCAAGUGCCAGCAGCGGACCAGGGACCCCGACUGGAAGUUCCAGAAAUCGUUGGAUGUCACCUGCCCCUAUUCCAUGCUGCGGGUGCACGUGGUCGAUUUCGGGAACUCCAAUGCGGUCACUCGGCACCAGAUUGGAUUCGUAGAGAUCAACUUGGGCGACUUGCCACUGAACAAGGAGCUGAUUGGUUGGUUCGAGCUUCGGCACCCCGAUGCGCUGAAGCGCACCAGCUGGGAGAGGUAUGCCACACACUGCCAGCGCAGGGACGACCAGAUGCCCAGGCUUCGAAAGCCCAGAGUGCCAGUCCAGAAGCUUCAACAGGAGUCCCAAGAGUUCUCACCAGAUGGGAACGACACUUUGAACACUUCUGGACAAAGGAGCUUCCUUGGCAGCUGCGCCAGCUACUUGGGGAGGUCCACGGCGGAGCUGCAGCGGCAGGUCUCAGAGGCCAUCAAACCAGAGGAGCGUGAGAAUGCUGGAGAGAUCCUUCUGCGACUGCGGUUGUCCUACCUGGAUCGUGCCAGAGAUAGCUUCUUUGCGAAGGCCCUCCAGCCGGCGUGCGUGCACCAUGGCACCAGCAUUUUGCAGGCAGACAGCGACUCCGACUUCCACCUGCAGCAUCUUUGGGACGAUGUGAUUGAUGUGAAGCAGCAAGUGCUGCAGGAUGCAGUGAGCUCUACAGCGAACUUCUUCCGCUACAUCUUGCAUUGGCGUUCCAACAUCUUGUCGGCGAUUCUACUGGUGUCCUUGACGGGUCCUCUUUGCUACAGCGCGCUCUUUCCGCAUCCCCGAAAUCUCUGGCUGUGGACGGCGGUUGUGCCCGGAGUGAUUGCUUUGCUCCACUUGCUCUUGUCGAUCUCAUCCGCCAGGGCCUUUAUGCUUCAAGGUGGCACCAAUGCACCCCUAACACAAGAAGGAUUUGUUCGCACGGCGGCGUGGCGAGACACUGAGCAGAUGGUGGCCUUUAUCGACCGGGUGGUGCUGGACACCAAUGGCUGCGUGUGCGACCAGCGGGAGCUCCGGUCCUUUGCGGCGCGCUGCUUCAGAGAUGGGAAGCCACGGCUCACACUGGGAGAGUUAAGGACUGGGCUGAAAGCAUCCAAUUGGGUCAGUUUCGACCUCCCCGCUGUUCCAAGCGAUGCGGAUGGAGAGGGCAAGACGCUCCUUCGAGAAGGUUGUCCCAGCACUGAGGUGCAGCCUGGAGAUUUGGUGCUGGUGGAUGGGAAGCGCCGCGCGUGGGUGACGCGCCUGGCGCCGUCCGAGCUGGUGGUGGAGUACGAAGACAUGGAAGAGGUGCAUUCGAAGCAGCCGGAGGUGGGAGACUCGCGCUAG